UGAUAAAGUUCUGGCUUUCCUUCUCCCUUCUUUUCCAGUCUCAUAUUCACACAUUACAAAGAAAAAGCCACACUGAAAGAAGGAUAGAGAGAAAUAGAGAGAAAUGGCAAUGGCGUCGCUAAAUCUUGGAUCAUGUAAGAAGACAUCAGGUUUGCAUGUAUCGUGCAGAAAAAAAGAAAGAGAGAAAGAUCAGUCUCACCCUUAUAAAGUCAUUGAGAUUACUCCUCCUCCCAGGAACCUUGGCAUCCGCUGCUUUCCUUCUAACUUGCAAUGUGGGGAAAGUGUGACUAUUGAAGGUCAAGCAUAUACCAUUUCAGCUGUAACUCAUAGGUAUCAGCUUCGGAAGGGGAAGUAUGAACCCAGGGAGAAGAGGCUUGAUGUUUUAUCCACAGGAAGAUACAUCUUGAACUUAUAUUUAGAAAACUUACUUGAACAAUCUUGACAUUUUAACCCUAAUGCCAAUUUGCAAUUAUUAUCA